AUUCAUGUGGAGGUCAGAGUGAAAGCAGGUGUGAGUGGGUCCAACUGAAGGAAAAAUGGCUGCUAAAGUGUUUGAGUCCAUCGGCAAAUUUGGCUUGGCCUUAGCGGUUGCAGGAGGCGUGGUGAACUCUGCCUUAUAUAAUGUGGAUGCUGGGCAUAGAGCUGUCAUCUUUGACCGAUUCAGUGGAGUGCAGGACAUUGUGGUAGGGAAAGGGACUCACUUUCUCAUCCCUUGGGUGCAGAAACCAAUUAUCUUUGAUUGCUGCUCUCGACCACGGAAUGUACCAGUCAUCACUGGUAGCAAAGAUUUGCAGAAUGUCAACAUCACACUGCGCAUCCUCUUCCGGCCUGUCGCCAGCCAGCUUCCUCGAAUCUACACCAGCAUCGGCGAGGACCACGAUGAGCGCGUGCUGCCGUCCAUCACCACGGAGAUCCUCAAGUCGGUGGUGGCUCGCUUUGAUGCCGGAGAACUGAUCACCCAAAGAGAGCUGGUCUCCAGGCAGGUGAGCGAUGACCUCACAGAGUGAGCAGCAACCUUUGGGCUCAUCCUGGACGACGUGUCCUUGACACAUCUGACCUUCGGGAAGGAGUUCACAGAAGCUGUGGAAGCCAAACAGGUGGCUCAGCAGGAAGCAGAGAGGGCCAGAUUUGUGGUGGAAAAGGCUAAGCAGCAGAAGAAGGCAGCCAUCAUCUCUGCCGAGGGCGACUCCAAGGCAGCUGAGCUGAUCGCCAACUCACUGGCCACCGCGGGGGAUGGCCUCAUCGAGCUGCGCAAGCUCGAGGCUGCCGAGGACAUCGCGUACCAGCUCUCUUGCUCCAGGAACAUCACCUACCUGCCGGCCGGGCAGUCCGUACUCCUGCAGCUGCCCCAGUGAGGCCCGCCCUGCCUGAGCCUCCUCGGCUCCCGACCUCCGGGCCACAGCCCUGAUGGUUCUGAACACCACCACCGUCCUCCUGUCCCCACCUCAGAAAUCACUGUGAAAUUUCAUGAUUGGCUUAAAGUGAAGGAAAUAAAAUCAAAUCA